UAAAAAGACCCCCAAAAAAAAAAAAAUUGUAAAUGGCUAAGGAUAUUGAGGUUGGAGGCACCAGGGACUAUCAGGACCCUCCCCCGGCACCACUAAUCGACCCAGAAGAGCUCGGCAAAUGGUCAUUAUAUCGGGCUGUGAUUGCCGAGUUCAUUGCUACCCUUUUGUUCUUAUAUGUUACGGUUUUGACGGUGAUCGGUUACAGAAUCCAGAGUGCAGCCGAUGAGUGUGGUGGAGUCGGCAUUCUCGGUAUUGCUUGGGCCUUUGGCGGCAUGAUCUUCGUACUCGUUUACUGCACAGCUGGCAUUUCCGGGGGGCACAUUAACCCUGCAGUGACAUUCGGGCUGUUCUUGGCCCAAAAGGUAUCUCUCAUUCGGGCCGUGCUGUAUAUAGUGGCACAGUGCUUGGGGGCCAUAUGCGGAUGUGGGUUCGUGAAAGCCUUCCAAAAAACGUACUACACGAGAUAUGGUGGAGGCGCAAACUCGCUGGCGGCCGGCUACAGCACCGGCACAGGCCUGGCGGCAGAGAUUAUCGGCACUUUUGUUCUUGUCUACACUGUCUUCUCAGCCACCGACCCCAAAAGGAAUGCCCGGGACUCUCAUGUUCCGGUCCUGGCGCCACUUCCCAUUGGGUUUGCCGUGUUCAUGGUCCACCUGGCCACGAUCCCGAUCACCGGAACCGGAAUAAACCCGGCAAGGAGCUUUGGGGCUGCCGUGAUUUACGGGAAGGACAAGGCAUGGGACGAUCAGUGGAUUUUCUGGGUGGGACCGCUGAUUGGGGCGGCCAUAGCCGCCAUCUACCACCAGUACAUCCUCCGGGCAGGGGCGGUGAAGGCCCUGGGGUCGUUCAGAAGCUCUUCUUACUGAUGGCCCGAAAGGGAUUUAUGAGCAGUGGAAAAUUGCAAAAAUUUAAAGAGUGGCACUGGUUUUUGAGCGUGCCCGAGUUUGUGUUAUUAUUGAUCUUUGUGUGCUAUUUGAUUUUCGUUUGCAAGCUUUUAAUGGCUUUUGUCUGUUUUAUCUUGUACAUGGCGCCCAAUGUAAUGGCCGGCUUUAAGCAUCCAAGUAAUAAAAUUUAUGCAUCACAUUUCACUUUUAUCCAAGCACAUUAAAACGUGUGUUGUGAUUUUCCAACACUUCAUGGAUAUGCUAAUUUCCUACUAGAUAUAUUAAUAUAUUAAUUUAUGUCCAGUAAGA